UUCUGUGCUCUUGUCAGCUAUUUUGAGUGUCUCUACGAACUCAGGCCGUGCCCUCGUCGCGCCGAACCCAGGGUCUGUCCUUAUCCGUUUGCUGCGGGAAGCCUCAUCUUUCGAGAAACACGACCCGAGAGAGCUCCCAGUGACAAUGUCCGCCGUCUCAACAGUGACGAGCGCGAGCGCCAGCGCCAGCGACAGUGGUAGCGUUGUCGCGUCUUCCUCCAACUCCGUCCUCACAACAGUCAUCACUACAACUUCCUACAGCAUUACCACCUCUCCCACCACCACAGUCACCUACACAGAGACAUCGACAUCGACAUCGACUUCCGAACCUACAACCAGUAGUGUCGCUUCUGUCACUUCGGCAAGCGUCUCUUCCGUCUCAGUUCCUGCAUCGACUACCGUUGUCGUAGCUUCCACCACUUCUAAUACCACCCCGAGUGUUGUCAAUGUCACAGCUACUAUCACCGAAACACCCUCUACGACGACAAAUGACAGCAGCCCAACGCCCACCGUUGUGGUAGUCACAUCUACCUCCGUUCCUGUCACAGACGUUUCCACAACUGCCACGGAUGGCUCGACGACCACAUCCUCCUCCUCAACGUCUACAGCCUCGGCUUUAAGCGCCUCUGGGUCGAAUUCAAGUUCAUCCAGUGGCCUCACCUCCGGUGCCAAGAUUGCAAUUGCCGUCGUCAUUCCGAUUGUAGUUAUAGCCGCCGCCUUUUUGAUCGGGUUCUUUUUGUGGAGAAAGAGGAAGGCCAGGAAGAAUGCGGAGGAACUCCGAAAGAAUGAGAUGGCGGAAUAUGGUUUCAAUCCCAACAGCGACCCUACUUUGGUGGGCGGUGUUGGCGCCUACACAGACAACCAGUCCGAAGCCGAAGGUGACGGCAGCGGGUAUCGUGGUUGGGGAGCGACAUCAUCGAAUCGUAAGGCUUCCACCACACUCGGCUCAAAUGGUCGUGGUCCCGGUGGUCCUGCCAUGUCGGAAAGCAGCAGUCAGCCUGGCGGGUAUGGCCUCCAAAAUUCACCCAACACGACAUCAGACGCUUACUCUGCCGAUCCUCUAAUGAAUGGCCAUCCUGAGGCUGGAGACGGGGUUGCAGCACUUGGUGGUGCGGCUGCUGCAGGUGGACUUGCAAGGAGCCGCAGUGGUGCUGCCGAUAUCCGUCGUGGCCCCUCUAACGCAUCAUCCGCAUAUUCUACAGGUCAUCAUUCGGAAACCUCAUCCGACACCCACAAUACUCCUGCUGGCACGUCCUACCAGGAAGAGGUUCCCUAUAACAUUUAUAACGACGCCGCUCCAAGUCAUGGUCCCUACGGAGAUGCUUCAUAUGGUGGAGGUGCAGGUCAGCCUGUGAUACGCGACGUUCAAGCGAGAAGAAACACUCGUAUUGAACGAGCACCUACUUUCCCUCAAACACAAGGAGGGAUUGCCCAGAACUUUUGAUUUACCAUUUGGUUGCAUCCCGGGACGGCAUCACUUAUUGAUAUGCAUUUUUGAUGGUGUUUGAAUUGGACAUGGAGAUGUC